ACUUUGUAAAAUUCCUAUCUACAUAAUUUUACUAGUGAUUUCUAUUUAUUUUAACGAAGAUUCAGAAAAUAUAUCGUUCAUGACUAUCAAUAAAUGAAAGAAACGAAUUGAUUUUGCUUUAUAUCAAAAAUUAUUUACUCUACGAAACGUUUUGAUAUUCAUACUGUGAUAAAACUGUGUCUUUGUUAAAUAAUCAUAUGUAUUAAUACUUAUUCUAAGUGUGAAUUUAAUAAUUUGUCAUUUCUGCUAUAUUAAUUUAUUAAUGACAUUUGAAUUUUAAUAUAUCAAUCAAGAAUAAUGGGUAUUGGCCUCAAACCAUUAGAAUUCACGGAUUGCUUAACCGAUAGCCCUUAUUUUCGAGAAAAUCUUCAUUAUCAUGAACGUGAAUUGGAGAAAACUAGCCAACAAAUUAAACGACUUAUUAAAGAGGUCAAAGAUCUUUUAAUAGCUGCCAAAAAAUUAUCCAGAGCUCAAAGAGCAUUUUCAAAAACAUUGCAAAAUUUUAGUUUUGAAUGUAUAGGAGAAACUCAAACUGAAGAUGAAACUCACAUAUCACAAAGCCUUAAAGAGUUUGGUAAACUUAUUGCAUCAAUAGAAGAUGAAAGGGAUCGCAUGCUUGAACGUGCUUAUGAUCAAAUUAUACUUCCUUUGGAAAAUUUUAGGAAAGAACAUAUUGGAGGUGUUAAGGACGGAAAAAAAAAAUUUGAAAAGCAAACAAUUAAAUUUUGUCAAAGUCAAGAACGUUAUUUAAACUUGUCUACAAAAAAACAAGAUAAUGUUCUUCAAGAGGCCGAUGCAACAUUGGAAAUGGCUGAGAGACAUUUUUGUCAAGCUAGUUUAGAAUAUGUAUUUUUGCUUCAAGAAGUACAAGAACGUAAAAAAUUUGAAUUUGUUGAAACUUUAUUAGGUUUUAUGUUUGGUUGGUUAACUUUUUAUCAUCAAGGACAUGAAGUUGCAAAAGAUUUCAAACCUUAUAUGACUGAAUUACAAUUAAAAAUUCAGAAGUCUGCUGUAGAAACUGGAGUCAAUAAAUUGUAUACACGUGAAGGUUAUUUAUUUCUAAUGGAAAAAAAAGCAUUUGGUACAACAUGGACAAAACAUUAUUGUACUUAUCAAAAAGACAAAAAGGAAUUUAUAAUGAUACCUUAUAAUCAACUUACAGGAAAAUUCAGUAGUAAAGAAGUAUUAACAUUGGCAUCUUGUGUACGUCGCAUGUCAGAUACAAUUGAAAAACGAUUUUGUUUCGAUAUCACUACUGUUGAUAAACAUAAUGUAAUAUAUACAUUCCAAGCACUUUCUGAAGAAGAUAGAAAACUAUGGCUUGAUGCCAUGGAUGGUAAAGAACCAAAUUAUCCUAUAGUAAGUGCAUCAACAAAAUCUGAAGAAACUAUCUUAGAUGAAACAGGUUUUAUGUUUGUAUCAAAAUGCAUUGCAAUACUCGAGGAAAGAGGCCUUGAAGUGCAAGGUCUAUAUAGAGUUGUUGGUGUUGCUUCCAAAGUAAAUAAACUUUUAGCAAUGGGGUUAGAUAGAAGGAAACUAGAAAAACUUAAUCUGGAUAAUCGUUUUGAAUGGGAAAGUAAAACUAUUACUAGUGCAUUAAAAACAUAUUUAAGGACGCUAUCUGAACCGUUAAUGACUUUCCGAUAUUAUAAUAGUUUUAUUUCAGCUGCGAAACAAGAAAUUAAAGAAGCACGUAUCAAUGAUAUUCAUAAUCUUGUUUAUCGACUUCCAAAAGCAAAUUUUAAUAUGUUAGUUCUACUUAUUAAACAUUUAUAUAGUGUGGCAAAAAAAAGUGAUAAAAAUUUAAUGACUAUUGGAAAUUUAGCUGUAUGUUUCGGGCCAUCUUUGUUGCGACCAGAAGAAGAAACAGUAGCUUCUAUAAUGGAUAUUAAAUUUUACAAUAUUGUAGUUGAAAUUUUAAUUGAAAAUUGUGAGAGAAUAGUUGCUGGUCCACCACAGGAUACUGUAUGUAACAUAUCAUCAACACAAAAUGCCAUUUCUUCUAGAUCACGCACAGAAGAUGCAUCAACAUCUUGUGGUAAUGGUACUCCUUUUUUAAGGUACCCAGUACAUUCUAAUAUGUCUUCACCACAUAGUCAUCUUGUUACGAGAUCAUACUAUGAUAGUCCGUUAACAUCUAUUGAUGAUUUAAAACUUGGAGAUUAUGAAGAAACAGAGCACAUGAAUCACAGAAUGCUAACAUAUUUAAAUAGUCGAAGUGGACGAGUUAAAUUAACUAAUGCAAAUCUUAUGUAUUCUGCAGAUAAAGUAUUAACCAGUGGUAAUACAAGUAGUUCAAGUGAAUCAAUUGCUUCUGAUCCGCAUUCAUUUUCAUCUGAUUUACCAGUAAAACAAAAACGUAGUUCUAUGAUGUCAGUUCAUUAUCCAUCAAGUUAUGCUCAACGAAGCAAUCCAUCAGUAUCUGUAGUUAAUACCUCACCUACUAGUGGACGUUCAAGCCCUGGACAAGUACCUGGUAUUUGGAGAGUUCGCACUUUGUAUGCUUGUGUAGCUGAAAGCGAUGGAGAAUUAUCAUUUGAACCAAAUCAAAUUAUUACUAAUGUAAAGGCCUCUUUGGAACCAGGAUGGUUGGAAGGGACAUUAAAUGGUAAAACAGGAUUAGUCCCAAAGAAUUAUGUAGAACAAUUGCCUUGAAUUUGGAAAAGCCAAAGAGUGCCUAUAUUGUUUUUAUAUUUCAUAAAUUAUAGAAUAUUUAGUAUUAUUGUUUAUUGGAACAUAUGUUCGCGAAAAUAAGAAUUGCUGCAAUGAUAUGUAUGGAACAUGAUGUUUUCUAUUUAAAUUUUUUUGGGUACAAUUUACAUAGUCAAUUACAUACAUAUACGCGCGCGCAUGGGCGCACAACACAUAAAAACAUAUAUACUAUUUAUUAGGAGCCUUUUUGCUCAAAAACGUUUAUAAUGUAUAUAAUCACUUGUAGAAAAAUUUAUAUAUAUCUACAUAUAUAGUGCUAAUAUAUUACUUAAUAUUUAAAUAUAUUUGUACUAAAAGAUAUUGAUUCAAUACAUAGCUUUUAGGAAAUCUCAUAGGCAAUAAUAUUUGUUUAUAAUACGAUAAUCUUUACGCGUACGUGCAUAUGUACGUGUACACACAUAUAAUUAUCGGAAUGUGAUAAAAUAAAUAAAUACCAAAUACCAUCAGAAUUUUUAAUAAAGAUUUUAAUAAUAUGAAGACUAUAUUAAUUAAUUUAAUUGAAUAUUAUAAAAAAUGAACAAUAUAUUCAUAAUUUUUUAAAUAAUGAUUUAUGUUGCAAAUUUAUAAAUUAAAUGAUAUGAAAUAAUUAAAUAUUACAAUAUAAUGUAUUUAAAUCGCUUUGUUAUAAAGUAUUUUUAAUAAAUAAAUUUUUUUUAUAAAAUGAUAAUUGUCAAUAAAAUAUAAAAAUUAAUAAAGUCAGUUUUUGUUAAAUUAAAUAUAUCUAUUAAGUAUUUUAUCAAAAUUAAUUUAUAUAUUAUUAAUACUAAUUAUUAAUAGAGUAAUUCUUUAAUGCUGAAUUAUAAUUAAAUUUUCAAUUAAUUUAAAAAAUUUUAAAUUAUAUAUGUAUAUAUUUAUUUAUUUUAAACAUUUCUAAAAAAAAACAUUUCUAUUUAAAAAAAAUUUAUUUUUAUUCCAUGUGAAAUUUAAAAAUAUAAUUUAUCAUUUAUAUUAUUAUUAUUAUUAAUUAAGAAUAUGAUUUUAUUAAAGUUAUUAUAUAAAAACGGUGAAUGUAUUUAUAUAAUUGUUUAUAAAAAAAGAUAUUUUUAAUUAUUGUCUUAUAAUAACAUAAAAGUAUUAGUAUAAUAUAUAAAAUAUAAUGUAUAAUAAUAUAUUAAUAUAUAAAUAUUAACAUAAAUAUUAACAUAAAGAAUAUAAUAAAUGCUAAAAUUUAUUGUGUAAGAAAAUAUAUUUUUAUUAGAGAUGAUAUUGUUUGAUUUUUGUGAAUAAUUAAGGAAUAGUUUAAAAAGGAAGUUCAAAUUUUUAAUUAGAGUUUGCAAAGUGUAUACAAUUUUACUUUUUAGAUAAAUUAUUAUUUAAAUUUCCUAAACAAAUUUCCAUUCCUAAACAUGCCGCUUUUAAAGCAUUCUUUUCUACACUAUUCCAUAUAGAACUCAUAAACAAAGUAUAACACAAUAUUGCUGUUAGAAAGAUACGUCCUAUAUUAAGUCCAAUAAUUACAUCGAGGGAUGUAAAAGAACAAUCCAAUCCUAUAGACCAAAUAAGUGGUAUAAUUAAUAUACAUCCCAAUAACAAAUACCAAAAUCGCUGACGACGAACAUUUUUCAAUGAAGUUUCACAUAUAUUAAUAGCUUCUUUUAAUGAAUCUUUAAUAUCUAUAUUUAUAAUUUUAGAUUCCCCUACAACAAUAAAUAUAAAAGUAUCAAACUAUUUAUAAUUUCUAUAUGAUUUUACUUACGAACUUACCAAUACUAAAUUUAAAAGUUGCCAUAAUAGCUUCAUGAUCAGAAUAACUAAAGUUUUUAUAAGGUAUCCGAUUUGGAAAAGGAUGUUGAAAAUUUAUUAUUUCUAUCUAUAAGUAACAUAAUAUUAAUUUAAUUAUACAUUAAUAAUUAAAUUCUCUAAAUAAUAAUUAAAAAUUAAUGUACCUUAACAUUUUUUGUACCCUGAUAUAAAAUAUGAUCUAUACGUUUUCCAUCAGGAAGAGUAUUUGCAUUUUUUGAAUUAGUAUAACUAUUAUUGGCACAUUCAUUGGUUCCUAAAUUACUUGAACUAUUUGAGCAAGCAUCUGUUAAACCAGCAACACCACAAAUAAUUCUAUAGACUAAAUCUUGAGGUUCUGUAUUAAGAUCACCUCCCAAAAUUGUAGAAUCAGCACCACCAGAAGUCAUUCUAAUAAAUUGGGCAGUAUCAAAAGCUUGUAAAACUCUAUGUGCUAUAUAUUCAUCAUUGUGUCUAUUGUAUUCUGCAUGUAACUAAAAUAAUAUAUUAUAAUAAUAUCCAGAGUGUCUCAAAAAUGUUGGAACAUCCAUAAACUGGAGAUUUUUGAAGCAAUAUUUUUUUUUACAAAAAUUUUUAUUAUGGUUUUAGCAAGAUAUUGAUAAAAAACAUUGAUUGAUUAUGGAACGCGUAAUCUAGUUGAGCUGCAAAUGUUGUCUAAGUGUUGCUGCAUCACGAAAUCCAAGCAAUUCGAAGAAAGUAUAUUCAGAAUAUAACAAAUAUUUUUUUAUUGAUAAAAAAUUAUAUCGAAUUAUGUCACGAAUAAAUAAAUAAAUAAAUAAAUAUAAUAUUCAAUAAUAAAAAUAAUAAAAUAAAAUAUAUUUCUUUGAGACAGUAGAUUUUUUGUAUUUGGUGGCACAUAACGCUAUUGUUGGCUCAAUUAGGCUACACGCUUUGUGUAUUGACUGAUUAAUAUUUUUUAUUAAUAACUAAUUAACAAAGUUGUAAUGAAAGCUUUUGCAAAGAAAAAUGUUGCUUGAAAUUAUUUCAGGUAUCUGCAAUUUACAAAUGUUUCAAUAUUUUUGAAACACUUUGUAUAAAUAGAAAUAAAAAUUAUAAUAAACUUACAUGUGCAAUAUAGACAUUAACAUUCCAAUUAUGAAUUUGAAGUUUACAAAGUCCGACACCUUUCCCACCAAACCAAUCUCCAUGAUGUAUUUUGUGUACAUAUCCAUUUAAAGGCCAUUUAUGAAAUAUUACAUCUUUAAUAGGAAAUUUAGAUAAAAUACAAAGUCCAGAUCCAAUAACUCCACUAUAA